AUGACGUCCAAAGUCUCCUCGGGCUCUAUGGACUACUCCCAUCGACCCCACAAGCCGCACCCGAAGGACGAAGAUCUGUACGAAUAUGUACUCCCCGAUCUCACUAUGAAGCAGGUCCUUGAUGCCAUCCCGGCUCACUGCAAGAUCGUCUCCACGUACGAAGGCAUCAAGAUGUGGAUUCGAGACUGGCUGAUGGCAUACGCUGCCUACAGAGCGUUCGUCAUCCUCGACGCAGCCUUGGCCAGCACUUCGCCCUCCUCUCUCCCUGCCAAAGUACUAGCGGGCACACUCCUUCUCUCUGUCAGGAUCUCUUAUGCUCUUCUUCAAGGCACCAUUGGCUCGGGUAUUUGGUUCGUCGCGCAUGAAGCCGGUCACCGUACCUUGACCACCUCAAAGACGGUCAACGAGGUCUGCGGCUUUAUCAAUCACAGCUCUAUGCUCAUACCUUACUGGGCAUGGAGAAUUGUCCACGCUAAUCACCACGCCAACACUGGGCACAUUGACAAGGACGAAAACUAUAUUCGUGAGCCCUUUCGAUGCGCGGCCUUGCACAGCGGCGCUAGAGCUCACCCUUCUCGCGUGUCAUGUUCCAGCCCGUACUCGCGAAGAAAAGGGACUCAAGCCGUUGCGACCUGCACCUGUCGACGACUUCACACCCCCACUGACCCCUACAAGCGCUCAUCGGGCCUCGCUUUCGGAAGAUGAGCAUGAUGGCAGCUCCUCGCAUUCCUCCUCCGUCACUGCGACGGAGGACAUUCAGAUUCAUCAGGCCAUAAAGGAGCCGAGUCUCGGCGAAUGGCUUGCCGAAUACGCCGAGGAUGCUCCCAUCUUCAAUUUCGUGUGAGUCGUUCAGCUGUAGUGCGACUAGCGCGGAGACGUGCAGCUGACUUUGUGGAGUGCCGACCACAGAAACAUCUUUAUCAUGGAAGUCUUCGGCAUGCCCCUCAGCGUGAUCAUCAACUUCGGUGGUCAGAGAAAGUACCCAUAUGGCACCAGCUACUUUUCGCCUUCUUCUCAGCUGUUCAAACACAAGCACAGGCAUCUGAUCAUCUUUGGCAACCUCGGCGUUGCUGGCAUGCUCGCGAUUUUGGCGAACUGGAUUCGGGUCAGCGGCUGGAGCCACGUCUGGUGGGCUUAUUUCAUGCCUUUCCUCGUGGUGCGUAGAUUUUCUCUCCGACUUCGCGUAGCACCACUGAUUGACAAUCGCUCUCGGUGCCCUGCCUGCAGACGAACUUCAUCGUCGUCAUGCUGACCUAUCUGCAGCACAUAGAUCCAGAAGUGCCUCACUUGAGCGAAGAGGUCUGGACAUUCUCUCGCGGCGCUCUCUGCACCGUCGACCAGUCCUUCUGCGGUCCGAUCGGUGAUUGGUUCACGCACAACCUGUCCCGUUACCACGUCGUACACCACCUCUGCAGCACAAAGAUCCCUGCACAUCAUCUGGCAGAGGCGACGGAAGCGGUCAUUCCUCUGCUUGGCAGACACUACAGGUUCAGACCAGAGAAGAACCAGCUCAAGACACUCUGGCAGAAUGUGGCAGCCUGCAAGACCAUUGCCAACAAAACGGAUCCCGUCAUCUUCAACCUCGAUGCAAACGGUCACGCCCGGGCCUUCCACGCCAAGUCGAAAGCAGACUAG